AUGGAUAAGCACAAUUUAUAAGACAAUGCAGAGUAUGAAACUUCAGAACAAAUAACAAUUUAUCCUACUUUUGAAUCUAUGUAGUUGAGGGAAGAACUUUUAAGAGGUAAAAAUUUAAGAAAAAUAUAGGCAUCUAUGCUUUUGGUUUUAAUAAACCUUCAGCAGUGUAAUAAAGAGCAAUUGUUCCUGUAAUAUAAGGAAGAGAUGUAAUAGUAUAGAGUCAGAGUGGUACUGGUAAGACGGCAGUAUUUAGUUUGUCAGCUUUGUCGAUGAUAGAUUUAUCUAUUAGGUAGAAGAUUAUUUUUAAUAUUCUUAGGGAACCUUAAGUCUUGAUUUUAUCGAAUACAAGAGAGUUGGCAGAACAAAGUGCAAAAGUAGCUAUGGCUUUAGGAGAUUUUCUUAAUGUAUCAAGUAAGAAUAUUAGUCGAUAAUAUGAUAGUUCAUGCUUGUAUUGGAGGGCAUUCUAUUUAAGAUGAUAUUAGCAAACUGUAGCAUGGAGUAUAGAUAGUAUCCGGUACUCCAGGCAGAGUAUUUGAUAUGAUAUAGAGGAAAGAAUUACGAGUUCGCCAUUUAAAAAUGUUGAUACUUGAUGAGGCUGAUGAAAUGUUAACUAAAGGAUUCAAAUAAUAAGUUUAUGAUAUCUAUAGAUAUUUACCGCCUACAACUUAGAAUGUAGUAGUAUCAGCAACCUUGCCUCAAGAAAUACUUGAUAUGACUGACAAAUUCAUGAACAAUCCCCUUAAGAUAUUAGUGAAAAGAGAUGAAUUGACAUUAGAAGGAAUUAAAUAAUUCUUUAUUUAAGUGGAUAAAGAAGAAUGGAAGUUCGAUACUCUAUGUGAUUUAUAUGAUACCCUAACUAUCACUUAAGCAGUUAUCUUUUGCUCUACAAUUAAUAAGUGUGAAUGGUUAGCAAAUAAGAUGAGAGAACAUGAAUUUACUGUGGUCUAGAUGAACGGAAAAAUGUCUCAAAAGGAAAGAGAUAAAAUUAUGGCCGAAUUUAGAUAAGGAAAUAAGAGAGUUUUGAUUGCUACUGAUGUUUGGGGAAGAGGUAUUAUUUUUAAAUUAACAACAAGGUCUUGACGUUCAAUAAGUAUCCUUAGUAAUCAAUUAUGAUUUACCAAACUCUAGAGAAUUGUAUAUCCACAGAAUUGGUAGGUCUGGUAGAUUUGGAAGAAAGGGUGUUGCCAUCAAUUUUGUUAAAUAAGAAGACGUCAGACUUCUGAGAGAUAUUGAAUAAUAUUAUUCAACACAAAUUGAUGAGAUGCCUAUGAAUGUGACAGAUUUAUUAUGAAAUUAAUUAUUAAUUCAAUAUAGCAAUUUAUUCCC